UCAGUUCCAAAUUCCAAUGGAGAAGCUCUGGAAUUCUCUUUCGCAACCUAUAAGUACAUGACAUGCUCCGAUCCUCGUAAGUCAGGAAAAAUCAUUUGAAUUCUCAAUCUCUAAAGCGCGAUUUUCUCAGCAACCAAACAACAAAUCACUUCCGAGUUAACCCUCGAAUCGCUUUGAAAAUGUCGCUGAUUCCGAGCUUCUUCGGCAACAGGAGCAGCAUCUUCGACCCCUUCUCUCUCGAUGCGUGGGAUCCCUUCAAGGAUUCUCCUCUCCCGUCGCCAUCAUUUUCCCGAGAAAACACAGCGAUCGUGAGCGCGCGCGUGGACUGGAGGGAGACGCCGGAGGCGCACGUGUUCAAAGCUGACCUACCAGGGAUGAAGAAGGAAGAGGUGAAGGUGGAGAUCGAAGACGACAGCGUGCUGAAGAUCAGCGGAGAGAGGCACGUGGAGAAGGAGGACAAGAACGACACGUGGCAUCGCGUGGAGAGGUCGAGCGGGAAAUUCUCCAGGAGAUUCAGGUUGCCGGAGAACAUCAAGAUGGACGAGGUUAGGGCUUCAAUGGAGAAUGGUGUGCUGACUGUGACGGUCCCUAAGGUUGAGACCAAGAAGCCUGACGUCAAAAGCAUCGAAAUCUCGGGCUGAACACGUAAUUUGAAUCCCUGAUUCCUGGAUCGAGUCUGUGUUUGAAUGGGUGUGGUGCUUCUGAUUCUUGUUCAUGUUCUGAUCUGAUAUCUGUGUCUGUGUCUGUGUCUGCACUGCAUCUACGUAAAUUCCUGGUUCUGCAACUCAUGUCCUGUUUUUAUGUUCCGUCGUUAUCUUAUAUAAAUGGUCGAGUUCGAAUGUAUCUUUUACCCUUUUGGAAAUUUGGCUUGCAGUAUGCGAUCAA